AUGUCGCGACGGCAUGGCAGCGUCUCAACCCAACUCCAAGACUGGCUGGCUGCCCGCUCGCUAGCCACCACGAUCAAGACUCCGCUCCAUACUCACCUCGAGGAACCUAUCGACCCUAAAAACCCCAACGGCCGCCCCCAAGCCGAAGACCUCCAGCUCUUACGUCGUGAGCCCAAGCCGACGAGCGGGGCUCAUAACCCCUCGACAGCCACGGGUGUGAUCAACUUCGUCAUUGAUGCGGCAGAGAAGCUCCCUGUCGCUGAUUUCUGGCUCACCCUCCUCGCCUACCCGUCCGACCGCGUGCUUCGGCGCGCCUACCUCAUCCGCAGUACCGCUCGCACAGCCGUCACCCUCCGUGUCUGGAUCUACAUCGCCAGUCUGUAUGGCCUUGGAGUUCCAGGCGCGUUCUCCAGUUGGCGCGGAGUAUCGCUGGCAAUCGCAAUCGUCAUAGCCCUUCUCCCGAUUAGUGCCCUCGCCGCCCUCCUCCGCCCGAUCUCGAGCGCCCUCUCCUUCCUAGCCAAGAACCUCUGGAUGUACGCCGCGCUCUACUUGUUCCUCACGGCUGCGUUCAUUACGGGGUACGCCACCUACCGCUUCUUCUCGUAUCUCGACAGCGUCGUCAAGGCAGAGGAGGUGCAGCGGGCACCCUCAGUGGCUAAUAAGGUCGCGGAGGAACUACGUGUGUUCCGCGCCGAGCUCGAGAGGCUUAGGCAGGCGAACGGCUUGUAG